AUGUCUAAGCUUUUGUCUCUGGCACUUUUUGCUUCGUCUGCUGCGGCUACAACAACCACUUCCAUGUGGAUGCCGGGUCUUUCGGAUGGCGAUGUCUCAUACGAAGGUGCCGUUAUCAAUGUCAACGAUGACCGCACUACCUUGUCUUUGGAUGUCUCAGCUGCCACUAUGGAGGAUCUAAUGGCCGAUAUUCCAGCGACAAUCACUGUUGGAGGCAAUACCUACUACGGUUUCGAGGCAGCGGCUUCAGCCUACGGCGUAACUGUGACAAUCUCCGGCGAAUGCUCACGCAAGAACACCGACGAGGCAUCAGCAUCUUGCACCAUGACUACCAAAGGCCUCGAUGAGGCGAUGAGCUCUGUGUGCGCCGACGCCGAGUACUCCGACCUCUGCCCCGAUGAUGAGGUCAUUGCCCUUCAAACCUCUAUGGUAUUGCCCGAUGGAUACUUCAACAUGAUCCCCCUCACCAUCACAGAAGGCGACGAUUCGCUUCCGAGUGCGACUGCAGCAGCGUCAGUGUCCGCUGAUAGCGCUUCUGUAACAGCAUCUCGCUCUACCAUGACCUCUGUAGCUUCUAAAUCCGCCACGGCCACCACUUCCGACUCAGAGUCUGCUGCCAGCUCCGGAGCUUCCCCAACUUCCAGCUCUGCCGAGCAAGCCACCGGUGCUGCUCAGAUGAUCCAAGUCCCGGCAUUGGCCGGUCUUGGUGCCGCUGUUGCUGCCUUCUUCCUGUAA